CUGAUCACUUCAGUUCCAGUCUCCUGCCCAGCAAAGACACAGGUAGCCAAAAUGAUGCCUGGAGGUUUAACUAAAGCCAAACCUGCCACUCCAGAAAUUCAGGAGAUUGCUAAUGAGGUGAAGCCACAGCUGGAAGAAAAAACAAAUGAGACUUACGAAGAAUUUGAAGCUGUAGAAUACAAAACCCAAGUGGUUGCUGGAAUAAAUUACUACAUCAAGGUGCGGGUAGGUCCUGAUAGUUAUAUUCACAUAAAAAUAUUCAAACCUCUUCCUCAACAACAGCAGUCUUUGACACUUACUGGUUACCAGACUGACAAAUGCAAGGAAGAUGAGCUGACGGGCUUUUAGCUGCAUGUUCCAGAGA